AUGGGAAUUUGUGGAUCUAAAGAAUCCCCCGAAGUCAUUAAGACUGAUCAAAAACGUCAGCAACAAACCCAAGUUAUUAAUAAACAUCAAAACCAAUCUGAUUCAUCUCAUGAUGAUAGUACAAGAUUCAAUGAAAAAGGUCAGGAUCUUAAAGAUACUUUACAAAGUAUUCCAAUAGAAGAUAGUCCAACAUCUUCAUCAUCAUCAUCAAAAGAAGUUAAAGUAUUAUUAUUAGGAUCAGGAGAAAGUGGGAAAUCAACCAUUGUUAAGCAAAUGAAAAUUUUACAUCAAAAUGGUUAUAAUACUGAAGAAUUAUUAGAAUAUAAACCUUUUGUUUAUAAGAAUAUUUUGGAUUGUAUUAAACAAAUUAUUAAUGCUAUAAUUGAUUUACAACCAAGUUUAAUUGAUAAAAAUAAUGAUAAUGAUAACGAUAAUGAUAAUGAUAAUGAUAACGAUAAGAAUAUCUUACCAAUUGAUGAUUUAAAUGAAAUUCUUGAUUAUGAAAUUAAUAUUAAUUCUAAUGAACCUUUUAAUGAAGAAAUUGCUGGAAAGAUUUUAAAUAUUUAUAAUAAACCUCAAGUUAAAAGUUUUAUUAAAUUUAAUCAAGGAAAUUUUUAUUUGAUUGAUUCAACAAAUUAUUUCUUAUCAGAUUUAUCAAGAUUUUCUAAUAAAGAUUAUUUACCAACACCAAAUGAUAUUUUAAGAACAAGAAAGAAAACUUCAGGUAUUUAUGAUUUUAGAUUUCAAAUGGGUUCAGGUCUUAAUAUUCAUAUGUUUGAUGUUGGUGGUCAAAGAUCUGAAAGAAAGAAAUGGAUUCAUUGUUUUGAUAAUGUUACAUUAAUUAUAUUUUGUGUUGCUUUAAGUGAAUAUGAUCAAGUUUUAUUAGAAGAAAAUAAUCAAAAUAGAUUAGAAGAAAGUUUAACAUUAUUUGAUUCUGUUGUUAAUUCAAGAUGGUUUGCAAGAACUUCAAUUGUUUUAUUCUUGAAUAAAAUUGAUGUGUUUGCUGAUAAAUUACCUUAUUCUCCUUUAGAAAAUUAUUUCCCUGAUUAUAAUGGUGGUAAUAAUAUUAAUAAAGCUGCUAAGUAUAUUUUAUGGAGAUUUACUCAAGUUAAUAGAUCGGGUUUAAAUAUUUAUCCCCAUGUUACUCAAGCAACUGAUACUUCAAAUAUUGAAUUAGUUUUUGCAGCUGUCAAAGAAACUAUUUUGGAAAAUUCUUUGAAAGAUAGUGGGUUAUUAUAA